GAUGCGUACUGGCAGCGGAUUGCACAGAUCUGGUCUCUGAAGGACGAUUCCAGAUUGCUUUCGCUGAAGGAGACGAAGAAGACGUACCAGGGCGACCUCUACGAGUUCUAUCUGUCCGCGUGCAAGGAGCACGGCCAGAAACCGUUAACGCCAAUUUCUUCAUGUUCAUCGUCUUCUGCGGCGCCGGAGGCCUCCGGGAAGGUCCACGACAGUGCGGCUGCGGGCUCGGGCGCGAAGUCCAUGGCGACGCCGGCGCAUCAGGUCGACCUAGAGAACACGGACGAGGAAGAGGAGCAGGUUGAGCCGUCGGGUAGCGGCCCCUCCGCCCACGGGUGUCAGGGGGCUGCUGGCCAAGGCUCGACGCAGACGGUUGGAGCAGCUCCGGGUUCCGAGCCUGGAGAGAAGCAGGUGCUAGCCAGAGAGGCUCUUACGCUGAUCCUUGCCGGCGUCGCCCGGCUGGGAGAGCGAGCUUCACACACCCUCUUCGUCAUUCCGGAGUGGAAUCAGAAGUACCGGAAGACGCUGGG